AUGUCUCUCCCCUUGCAGCGGUCCUUGCCCCGGACCGUCCUGCGAUCCUAUGGCACCGUCCAAGGUCCCCCAAGCACCGCAUCGCUUGCCAACCGGAUCCCUAAUGUCCUCGUCGAGGCUACCACUGCCAAUGCCCCCCGUACCAACUGGACCCGUGAUGAAGUCAGCCAAAUCUAUAACACACCCUUGAGCCAGCUCACCUAUGCCUCUCAAGCGGUCCACCGCCGCUUCCACGACCCAGCCGCCAUCCAAAUGUGCACCCUGAUGAACAUCAAAACCGGCGGCUGUUCCGAAGACUGCUCCUACUGCGCCCAAUCCUCAAAGCACAACACAGGCCUUAAAGCCACAAAAAUGAGCCCAGUAGACGAAGUCCUCGAAAAAGCCCGUAACGCCAAAGCCAACGGCUCCACCCGAUUCUGCAUGGGCGCCGCCUGGCGCGACAUGCGAGGCCGAAAAACCUCUUUAAAAAACGUAAAGGCCAUGGUCUCCGGAAUCCGCGACAUGAACAUGGAAGUCUGCGUAACACUCGGAAUGAUCGAUCAGCACCAAGCAAAAGAACUAAAAGAAGCAGGGCUCACAGCCUAUAACCAUAACCUCGAUACAUCCCGCGAGUUCUAUCCCACAAUCAUCACCACCCGCUCCUACGACGAGCGUCUAAAGACACUAGACCACGUCCGCGAUGCGGGUAUUAACGUUUGCUCUGGUGGAAUUCUGGGUCUUGGCGAGUCAGACGCUGAUCGUGUGGGAUUGCUUCAUACUGUUUCUUCAUUGCCUGCUCAUCCUGAGAGUUUUCCUGUUAAUGCGCUUGUUCCUAUUCCGGGCACACCCCUUGGAGAUAGGAAGAUGAUUCCGUUUGAUCGGGUAUUGAGAACUAUUGCCACGGCGAGAAUUGUGAUGCCGGGAACUAUUGUCCGUCUUGCUGCGGGAAGGAUUGCCAUGUCGGAGGAGCAGCAGGUUGCAUGCUUUCAGGCUGGUGCUAAUGCUGUUUUCACUGGGGAGAAGAUGCUGACUACUGAUUGUAGUGGGUGGGAUGAGGAUAAGGUCAUGUUUGAUCGAUGGGGUUAUUAUCCUAUGAAGAGCUUUGAGAAGCCUCUUCCCGGUGUUGGUGCCGAGAAGGCGACUGUGACCCCACCAUCUGCUGAGUCGGAGACUGCUGCGCCGGUCGCAGCUAGUGUUUAG